AUCAUGGUUCUUCUUUCAAGUCUUACCAGAGAACUCGAUUCGUCACACAUCAGAAAAACCAGAAGGCAUGUCACCACAUCGGGAGGUCGAUGCAUCGCCGUCGAGACACUAGAUGGCUGUUCAAAUCUCCAAACGUUAAACACCUAAAGAACUCAUAUGUGCUUGCAGACCAGAGAGUCGUUUUACAGGAAACUCUUCCUAGAUUGAUUUCGGGUUCUGCUUGGGCUUGUGUUAAAUUGGAUGUUCAAAGAUCACUUGAAGCUGCAAUUGAUUCAAAUCAUAGGGGGGAGUUUAUAAGGAUUUUGGAAUCUAGAAAUGAAGGAAAUAGAUUCAUUUAUAUCCCCGGGGGAAUAUAUAAUGAGGGACCUCAGUUGUUUUUUAAGGCUCUUUCGACCUUUGUUGGAAGAGCACUGCAGUUUGGCAAGGAUAGGGGCAAUGGGAUUGAAACAAUAAAACCAAGUGAUAUCCUUGAGGUUGCUGUUGUAGGGGAGACUGUGUUUGAUGCUCAUAAAAGUCCCUCUCUUGAUUCUAAGGACAUGAUUGAACUUGAUGCAAAGCAAUUGCAUUCAAGCUUACUUCUGAACACAUACAAUGGAGUGGCACCUUCUGAAAUAUCUUCUGAUCCCCAUAUUAGCAUACUGCCCAGACCAGAUCUUUCACAAGAGGAGUUAGAAUCAAAUCAAAUUGGUGAUCUUAAUCUUGAUAAGCAGGAGCUUAGUCAUGAUAUGAGUUCUUCUUUGGUUAAAUAUGAUGAGCUGGAGGGGAACACUCUUACAGAGAAGGCUUCCCAACGAUAUAAUAUUCAAUACCCCCCACUUCCAAAAGUGCUUUUAUCCCCAUUUGUUGCUGAAUUCAUCCCCUUAAUGCCCAACCCUUAUGCUGCUUUUUUUAAUCAUGUGGAAGGCCUCGGGAAAAACAGCUCACUCAAGGAUGAUGAAUUUAACAAGAUUGAUGAUGGGAACAAGGUACUCUGCAACAAUGCAUUAGAAGAAAUUAGGGAUGAAAGAGAAGGACCAAUUUUGUACACGCACUCGGAAGGAGAAGACAAGGCCUUCAAUGACAACAUCCUUAAACCUCUACAAAUAGAUUACUCCAGGAUGUUCAAAACACCUUUUGACUUGGGAAGAGAUUUUGCCAAACUCAAGGAUCUCAAAGCUUGUCUCAAGCUUUGGAACAAAAAUGAGUUCGGCCACAUUUUUGAUAACCUCAAUAAUGCUGAAAAGUAUGCCACUACCACCCAGCAGUUAUACGAAGACAACCCAACGGAUGCCAAUCGUGAAAGAGCCCAGGAAGCUAACGCCAGGUUCCUCCUCGCCACUCACAAAGAAGUGGUAUAUUGGAAACAAAAUGCCAAUGCCAAAUGGCUAGAACAAGGGGAUAUGAACUCAAAGGUCUUUCAUGCCUUCGCAAAUG